GUCGCCGUCGUGUCGGGAUCGGAAUGUUAGCGACUCACAAACGAACAAGCGAGCACUCGGAAAUCGGUCAGCGGGACUGAGGAAUUCCAUCUUCUUUUUUUUUUUUUUCCUCCGGGGGGUCAUUAUUUCAGAACUUGACGCGGCGAAUGAGCUUUGUUUUUUUGGUCUCAGCCCGUCUUGGUCGGCAGGGAAAGAAAUGCGAGGAUUCGUCAGGUUAUGCCGGUGCGGCUGAGCGGAGGACCAUGGAGUGAUCCGGGGGAAGGGACCUAGCACGCCGAGACGCUCGUGUCGGAGCGGGGGGCUUUUCACACUCUUUCCCGAUGUGUUCCGACGAGUUAAACAUCUAACCUCUCCGUCCCCUCGGAGCUUUUUUUUUUUUUUUUUUUUGCCCGCAGGGGAGCGACUUCCCAGACGGACACUUUUCCAUUGGAGCCGCGAGCGUGGAAGACAUUGUGACCCACCGGGGUUCGGGUGUCUUUUUUUGAGGUGCACCCAGCCUCUUUGGACAUGCUGGAAGUCCACACUCCACACUUUUAAACAAUCGCCCACAUGCGCCGGACCAAUCUCUGCAUUUGGGCACCGAAUACGCAGAAGGGAGGUCGGGGAUCCGGAGGAUGGAGCCGUGUCACCGGGGUUGCUGAGAGCCUCACUCCGGCCCACUUUGCUGAUCUUAUUCCCCGAACAAGUCGCGUCUCUUGCCAGGACACAUGCAGGCCAAAAAACGCUACCUGAUCCUGCUCUCGGCCGGGGCUUGUCUGGUGCUCCUCUACCUCGGAGCGGUGCCGCUUCCAGCGGCGAGCAGGCACCGGCAUGACAUCAGCCGUCAUGGGUACCGACCCGACCACCCCUGGCCUCACUUCUCGGACCCUUUACACCCCUUCGUGGCGUGGGACCACACCGACACCGACGAGUCCGACGUGCACAGGUCUGUGAGGCAGAAGCGGGUGGUGAACACCAGUGUUUACAAAGGCAAACGGUGCCGGAUGGACUCAUGUUUUGACUUUUCUCUGUGUAAAAAGAAUAGAUUCAAAGUUUAUGUUUACCCGCAGCAGAAGGGAGAGAAGAUAUCUGAGAGUUAUGAGAACAUUUUGUCCACUAUCGAAGGCUCCAGGUUUUACACCUCAGACCCCAGUCAGGCGUGUCUGUUUGUGCUGAGCUUGGAUACCCUGGACAGGGACCAGCUGUCUCCACAGUACGUCCACAACCUGAAGACCAAGAUCCAGAACUUGCCCUUGUGGAACGAUGGCAGGAACCAUCUCAUAUUUAACUUAUAUUCCGGGACUUGGCCGGACUACACGGAAGACCUGGGCUUCGACAUUGGCCAGGCGAUGCUGGCCAAGGCCAGUAUCGGGACCGAGAACUUCAGACCCAACUUCGACGUCUCCAUCCCGCUUUUCUCCAAGGAGCACCCGAGGACCGGCGGAGAAAGGGGCUUCCUUAAAUACAACACCAUCCCGCCGUUUCGAAAGUACAUGCUGGUUUUCAAGGGGAAGCGCUAUCUCACCGGUAUCGGUUCGGACACCAGGAAUGCCUUAUAUCACGUCCACAACGCGGAGGACGUGGUGCUGCUCACCACCUGCAAGCACGGCAAAGACUGGCAGAAGCACAAGGACGCGCGCUGCGAUAAGGACAACGCGGAAUACGACAGGGAGAUUUAUUGUUGGAGAAAUGUGGGAGACAGGCUAUUACUAUGUCCUUUUUGAACUCAUCAGUCAGACAAAGUGGUUCGAGGUGGUAACAGAGACAAUGGCAGGCCUUUUUUUUUUUUGUUACUGCCACAUACACCCGCCUCCACACCGCCCAUGCUCGUGCCAAUGUUGACCCUUCUCCAGGAGCUCCUCCGUCACCCACGCUGUCCCCCCCCCCCUCGUUUUUUGUGUUUUUCCAUCAACAUUUGGCUGCGGUGCCAUUCUUGACAUGCUACUUCGUACUCACAUUUGACUCGGGGCUAGUUGUGAAGGUUGGAGAAAAUCACUUGUUUACUCCAGAAAUCAAAUUCAAGUGAGACAGACUGCAACAUGCAUUUAUUUUUUUUGCAUUUUUGACAUUUUAGCUUGAUACUGUAUGCCGGUCGUUCUUAAACGUAGCACCUCUGAAAAAACUUGGCUAUUCAAGUCCUGCUGUGAUGACCAACAUUAUUAAAAAACAGUAGCAUAGUUGGUAUAGAUGUUCAUAAAAAAAAAAAAAACAUGGCAUCAAUAGUCUGGAAUAUCAUUUUUUCAGAGGAACACAUUUUGUGUGCUAUUUGCACCAAAUGUUUCGCGAGGGGGAAAAAAAACAUAGCGCUUCAACACAUCAAACCUUACCAGCCACCGAAGACACCAGCAUCACUAUGGCAGUGUUUUGAAAAUCUAUCAAGACGGCUGCUGCUACAGAAACUACCCCAAAGCCAGCCACAAAGAAAAGUGUGCACAAAUAGGCAGCUGCCACCCCCUAUUACCAUGAAAGGGACAAGAGGUAGAAAAUGGAUGGAUGGAAACUACU